AUGCAAGAGCAAAUGUUUUCCACUCUUGGAGACCAGUCGGUUGUUGUGGCUGGUGAUGGUCAAAUGGACUCUCCAGGGUUCUGUGCCAAGAAUUGUGUAUACACACUUAUGCAUGAAGAACUCAAUUAUGUCCUUCAUAUUGAAUUGGUCGACGUUCGGCAUUCCCAAUUGAAAAGUGCUGUGAUGGAAAGAGUUGGAUGUGAAAGAGCAUUGGAUUUCUUGAUGCAGAAAUUAAAAGUGGACGAACUUGUCACAGAUGCAUCAUCUCAAUUGAUUAAAUUGUUGGGUUAGUCUGUUAGUCUAACAUCACUUUAUUCACUUGCACUGUUAUCCAUAUAUUUGGUAUGAUCUUUUCACUCAUAAUAUGGAGUGCUAUAAACCAUUAUGAUUAAAAUGAAACCUAUCCAAAAUCAAAUAACAUUUUGUAGUAAUACUACAUACUGUAUUCUAACUUUUUACCCACAGAUAAGAGGUAUGAAAAGGUUUUCCAUCAGUUAGAUAUAUGGCACAAAAGUAAUAAGUUGGACAAAAAGUUACUGAAGGUUUGUUUACACUUUACGUAUAUAUUUUUCAUACUCUGGUCUAUGGUAAUUAUGCAACAAUAGUAUGCAUUGUGUUUGACUGUGUAUCCAAUAGUACAAAACGUUAUGUUGAAAUAAUCAACAACCACUCAAAGUAUAAAUAGAAAAAUAGUUAAUUGAUCUGCUUUUCUGUCGGCCGGGAAGUGGUUGUUGAUAAGUUCAACAACAGAUUUGUGUUUCGAUCAUAGAUCCUGAAUGUUUUAAAAAUUUUAUCUAAACAUAAAAUUGAUAUAUUUUCAAGGCUUGUAAGAAACGAAAAAAUGAAGUUUUGAAGGCAUGGAUUGCACCAAUAAGGAACCACUUUUGGCAUUGUGUCAAAAACUGUGGUGGUAAUCUUAUGAAACUUAAGGUGAGAAUAAACUACAUAUACUUAUAAAGUAGUUAUAGUAUAUCUGCUUCUUAGUUAUUACAGUAUGUUAUAUAAAUGACAAACUGUAUCAUAAGGCAUGGCUAUCAGUUGUACUCAAAUCCUAAAUUAUUUUUAUAUUUUUAUUAAGACUGAGUGGAUCAACGUCCUAAAGCAUGUGACCAAUGUCCACACCUGGUACAAUGGUCAAUGCUCACAUGGUCCUCUAAAUGAUGUUGGUGAAAGGCAAUGGAUCAACAAGGAUUCAGCUGCGAUGCAAGCCCUCCGCGAUAUUGUCCUUGACAAGAAAUUCCUAAAGACACUGCCAUUCUACACUCGGUUUAGGUGAGAAAAAUUAUUUCUCUAACACCGAUGACAGCUGCUGUGCUCGAAUUACCUACACCACCCUUUUACACCCUUCUUGAUCUUCUGCUAUGCACCAUCCAGUGAGAGAAAAAUUUUCCGUCCUUCCUUCUUCUCAGCUAGCGGAAAAUAACACUUGCCUUGUGAUAUGUGCUGUACCCUGAUUUGUUGCAAGUUUACAUCCAUUCAUUAUAUUUUUACAGGCACACUGGAAAAUUAGAGGCAUAUCAUAGCCACAGAUUGAUGUAUGCUCCCAAGCGAUUUGGAUUCAAGUGAGUAUUAAAAGUUAUUUGAAUCACACUAUACAAUACACUGAAAUUAUAGGGCCGCCAAGACGGGCCCCGGGACAAAACUUCCCAUGGGGGGCCAGGGCCGUGCCAAUCGGUUUCUGGUUAAGGGGGGGUGUAUUCCAAAAUUUGGGCCCCCUUCCAUUUCAGGGCCCCCCCUAAAAAAAAUUUUCAAGAAAGCAAAAAUUUUUCCGGAAAAUGUUGGCGGCGGGGAUUGGGGUGGUCGACAAUAUGUUUUCGGAAAACAAAAGUUCCCAAAAUCUUUCACAAAACAACAUUUUCCAGAAAUUUUCAGCGAACAAAUCCUUAAUUUUUUUAAAAUUUUGUAAUUCCAGCAUGUCAGGGCCCCCUCCCCGCAAGUUGGGGCCCCCUUUUUACUUUUUUUUGGUGUGUUACACCCCCCCCCCAGGUGGCACGGCCCUAUGGGGAGCCCUAUGAGGUCAUAAUUGUAAAAUGGGAAAAGCGUUUUUCCAAUCUAUUACACUUUAUUGCAUAUUAUCCCGGCUUAAUGCAGCUGGGAUUUAUACUCUUGUAAGCAAUCUUGUAUCCAUAAAUUUUAAGGGCCUUCAUUGCUUUGGGGGCUACUUUGAGCUGGGGGCCCAGUGCAAAGCACCCCCCCCCCCCUUCUCAGUGGCCCUGGAUAAGAGUAGAAAUCAUUGAUUGAAAUUCAACUAUCAUUAACCAGACUUUAAUUAAUCAACUGUAUUUUAUAUGUCCAUAGAUAUGAGGGUUUGUUUGCUCGCAGUCUUCUCGCUGCUAUUGACCAUAAUCACCACCUCCAUCGAAAACAAGCCAGAAAUGCCAAAGGAGAAUUGGUCUUCUCUAGACGUUGGAGCAAGCGAGCUAAAAGAUGGAAGGUGGUGAUUGUGAAAGAAAAGAAAACAUACAGCUAUCUUCCUGUUCUGUGUGCAAAUCUGCUUAAAGAAGCCAGCAAGGAGUUCAUGAAGAAGAUUAAGCCUGUGAGUUCCGAGCAAAAUCCAAAGAAAGUUGCUCCAACAAUUGCAAGUCUCCCUGCUCCAUCAACAUCAGAGCUUGUAAAAGAACAUGUCUCAAGAUUUUAG